AUGCUGCCGCUGCUGCUGUCCCUGCUGUGGGCAGGGUCCCUGGCUCAGGACAGCAGAUACCGGCUGGAAGUGCAGGAGUCCGUGACGGUGCAGGAGGGCCUGUGUGUCCGCGUGCCCUGCUCCUUCUACGUUCCCUGGGACACCAGGGACAACUCUGUCCCAGCUUUCGGCUACUGGUUCCAGGACGGGGCCAAUGUGAAGCUGGCUGCCCCUGUGGCCACAAACAACCGACAUCGUAAAGUUCAGGAAGAGACCCAAGGCCGAUUCCACCUCCUAGGGGACCAUGGAAACAAUUGCUCCCUGGACAUCAGAGACGCCAGGAGGAGGGAUCAAGGUUCAUAUUUUUUUCGUGUGGAAAGAGGAAAGGCAUUAUGGAGUUAUAAGUCUAACAAGCUCUCCUUGCAUGUGACGGCGAGUAAUGACGUCGACAGCAGAUACCGGCUGGAAGUGCAGCAGUCCGUGACGGUGCAGGAGGGCCUGUGUGUCCGCGUGCCCUGCUCCUUCUACUAUCACUGGGAAUACACGGACAACUCUGCCCCAGUUUUCGGCUACUGGUUCCCGGAAGGGGCCGAUGUGAAGCUGGAUGCCCCUGUGGCCACAAACAACCGACAUCGUAAAGUUCAGAAAGAGACCCAAGGCCGAUUCAACCUCCUAGGGGACCAUGGAAACAAUUGCUCCCUGGACAUCAGAGACGCCAGGAGGAGGGAUCAAGGUUCAUAUUUUUUUCGUGUGGAAAGAGGAACGACAUUAUGGAGUUAUAAGCAUAACACGCUCUCCUUGCAUGUGACGGCCCUGAACCACACACCCCACAUCCUCAUUCCUGCGACGCUGGAGGCGGGCCGCCCCGGGAAUCUGACCUGCUCUGUGCCCUGGGCCUGUGAGCAGGGCGCGCCCCCCAUCUUCUCCUGGACGUCAGCCGCCCUCACCUCCCUGGGCCCCAGGACCCACCUGUCCUCAGUGCUCACCAUCAUCCCACAGCCCCAGGACAAUGGCACCAAUGUCACCUGUCAGGUGAAGUUCCCCGCAAGCGGUGUGAUCGUGGAGAGGACCAUCCAGCUCAGCGUCACCUGUGCUCCACAGAGCCCAGCAAGAGGUGUGUGCUCAGGAGAUGGCACAGGAAACUCGGGGAUCAGGGCAGGAGUGAUUGAGGGGGCCCUUGGGGGAGCUGGUGUCACCACGCUGCUUGUUCUCUGCCUGUGCCUCAUCUUCUUCACAGUGAAGACCUACAGGAAGAGAGCAGCCAGGACUGCAGUGGGUAUGGAGGACAUCCACCCUGUCAUCGGACCAACUUCCCUGGAUCACCGGGAAGAGUCCAAGUUAGAGGAUCCUCCUGACCCCACCAGCUCGGCAGGGGCCACCCCCACCUCGGGGAUGGAGGAAGAGCUGCAUUACGCCUCCCUCAGCUUCCAUGGGAUGCGUCAUCCUCAGGAGAGCGCCCACUCAGAAUACACGGAGAUCAGGACCAAGUGA